AUGGAUGCAAGAUAUUUUUAUGGAAAUUUAAGAUAUAUAAAUGUAGUCGAUAAUGGGCUUCAAAGCGACGAUGAUUAUAUAUCCGAAUCAGAUGAAGAAGUUGUUGGAGCACAAGUUUCUGGCCAGGAAGAUGUUUAUAUAUCGGAGACCGAUGAAAGCAGUUCCGAAGACGUAUAUGACGAGCCUAGUAGCUCAAACGAAGAACGCGCUAAAAAAUCGAAACCACCAAACUGGAAAGAAAAUAACUUGCCCCCGUAUUUAAGUGAAAACUUUCCAUUUCAAGGAGACAUGGAGCUUCCAAGUUUUAUCGAUGAAUUAGAGACGCCAGCGGAGUUCUUUCAAGUUUUCUUUGACGAAGAUUUGAUAAACUUUAUAGUUGAACAAUCGAACAUACUUGCGCUGCAAAAAGACAUAAAUAAGCCGGCAAAUAUUACUAAGAGCGAAAUAGAGCAAUUUAUAGGUGAGUUCAGCGUAAACACUGUGGAGAAGCUUAGUGAAAAUUUGUUUUCAGGCAUAGUCUUAUACAUGUCUUUGAUGAUAUUACCAUCGUCGAGGCAUUAUUGGGAUACUACAGUUGGCCAAGAAUUUGUACGCACCAUCAUGACUUGCAAUAGAUGGGAAAACAUUAAACGCUUUUUGCAUUUCAACAACAAUGAGGAUAUGAAAUCGCCAGGUGAAGAUGGAUUUGACAAGCUGUUCAAAGUUCGACCACUUCUAAAUAAAAUCCGUGAAAAGGUACUGCUCAUACCAAAAGAGGAGCAACUGGUUGUGGAUGAGCAAAUAAUUCCCACAAAGUGCAGACAUCAUCUAAAACAAUACAUUCCGGCCAAACCGCACAAAUGGGGUUUCAAGAAUUUUGUUUUAAGUGGAGUUUCAGGAUUUAGCUACGAUUUUGAUAUAUUUGCUGGAGCACAAAGUGAUAAACAUCCAGAGGGAUCACCGAAUCUGGGAAUCAGCGGAAAUGUUGUUACAAGGCUAGCAGUCACUGUACCGAGAUAUCAAAAUUACAAAAUUUUUUUUGACAACUGGUUUACCAGCCCCGGCCUCCAAGUGCAUCUCAUGAAAAGUGGUUUAUUGUCUUUGGGUACGGUAAGACUUAAUCGAGUCCCUAACUGUAAGAUGCCGACGGAAAAGGAAUUGAAAAAGUUGGGGAGAGGCAGCAUGGUGGAGAAGAAUUUAACUGAACGCAUAUUUAAUGCGCUAUUGAAAUAUAAGGACCAGUAUUUAUUUUGGCCAAAUACGGAAGAACGCAAAAAGCUCGUUUUAGAAACUUCGAGUUACCUAACUGCAUAG